AUGGAAGAUGCGGAGAACCUUCUCGACGACAUGCUCGAGGCGGCCGAGGCCGCGCGGCACGAGACCGAGCUGACUCUGGCGCCGCAGGCGCCCGACGCGAAUGAGCCGUUUGUGACUGUGGCGGGUGUGACUGCAGGCGAUGCGGUGGAAGGAGUGGUGGAAGAAACGGUAUAUCAAGGUGUGACUGAAGGAGGGGUGACUGAAGCGGGAGUGGGUGAAGGCGAGGGGUUCGAUUUGAAUAUGGAUGCUGGUGCCGGUGGAGGGGGUGCGGCGGCGGUCAUCAUGACCGAGGGCGCAGCAGCUGAAGCCGAACCAGCGACCGAACCAGUUGCCGAACCAGGAACCGAGCCUGGUUCGGGCUUAUAUGUUUCCGAGCCUCAGAGUCUGCAGGUCGGGAAUGCGGAGCAGGCUCGGGAGUUUAUUGGCGAAUACCAGGAGGUGGGCGGAGAGGGCGGGGGUGGUCAUAUAAUGCAGCAGGAAACGGCGGAAGCUUAUGGGGAGGGAGGCAUGGCGGAGGGGGAGCAGCCGAGAGCUGACGUGGAAAUGGCGGAAGCAGCGGAAGAAAUUCAACAGGGUGCUUAUAUCGAGCAACAGGUGCAAUACGAGGGUGUACAGGAGCAGGGGCAUGUGGUCGCAGAGCAGGCAGAGGCAGCAGAGCAAGCGCAGAUGGCACCUACCCCGGAUGAGCCUGCUGUAGCGGGCCAGCAACCGGCUGUAGCUGAGCAAGAGGCAGGUGAGGCGUGGCAGGAAGAUGUUGUAGCACGGGCCGAAUCGGCUGUAGCAGGUUACGAACAUGGGGCAGGGCCGGCUGUAGCUGGGUAUGAGGCUGCUUUCCCUGGGCAGGAGGCGCCUGUUUCUGAAGCUGGCGGAGGUGAGGCGGCAGAGGGGCAGGUUGUAGCACCGGCUGAAGUGGGCGAAAUGGUUACCACUGCUGCUGGCGAAGGAGAGGUGGUUACAGGAGCGAACGAAGGUGGCAUGGUUGGAGAGAGCAUGGCGCAAGGAGAGGGGGAAAUGGCGCCAGCAGCAGAAGCACAAGGAGCGGUGGCAGAGGGCGAGGGGGCAGCGCUGUAUACCCAAGGCAUGGUGGCGGUUCCUGAAGGGCAGCAUGGGCAGGCGGCAGCAGUGCCUGGCGCGCACGGGGAAGGCGGAGAGGGAGGGGGAGAGGGCGAGUAUUCACAUGCGCGCAUGCAAGCAGAAGGGGAAGGCGGAGAAGGUGGCUCGUUAGUGCCUGUUGCAGGGCAGCCGGAAGCAGGAGCAGCAGCAGGCGGGGAAGGGGGAGAAGCAGCAGCAGGCGGGGAGGGGGCAGAAGUAGCAGCGGCAGAGGCAGAAGCAGCAGCAGCGGUGGCGGAGGUGGCGGCGCACAUAGAGGCGGCGGAGAGGGUGGUGGUGCAGUCGCAGCUGCCCCAGCCCCCGCCGUCCCCCGCUGUGGGCAACGUGGCAGUGCUGCCCAUGCUGCUGGACCAGAUUGAGGCGCACAUCCUCUUCUACGGCCGUAUCUUUCGCAAGGAGCCAUUAGAGGAGGAGCUCCGAGCUUUGGUCUUUGCCACGGUGCCCGCUGAGCUGGGUUCGCCCGACCACCACCGCUGGCUCCACAUCGCCGACGCCUGGCGCCGCCGCAGAGAGGCCGCCCCCGCCGCCCUCCUCCUGGACGGCGGCGGGGCGGCAGCGGGCGGCGGCGGGUAUGUGUCCCCGGAUGGGGUGAGGGGCCGCGGGCGGGGCAGGGGGAGGGGCAGGGGGCGCAGGGGGAGGCGGGGGAGCAUGCAUGCGUUUGGGUAUGGUGGAGGCAGGGGGGAGGGGGGGUACGGGGGGUAUGGGGGAUAUGGGGGAAGCGGGGGCUUUGAGGGGUAUGGGAUGGGGGAGAUGGGAGGGGGGAUGGGUGGGGAGGGCGGAGUGAUGGUGGUGAGCGGGUAUGGCGGCAUGGGGGGUAGCGAGUAUCCCAUGCAUAUGGGCCCUGAUGGCAUGCCCAUGCCCAUGGACGCCCAUGCCAUGGCCAUGGGGGGCAUGGGCGGCAUGGGGCCGUUAGCGCUGGGGAAUGGGGAGCCAUGGGUGUGGGACGACGAGGGGUGGGACGCCCCUGGGAUUGCCAUCCGCGGGCGCGGCAGGGGCAGGGGGCGCGGCAGGGGGAGGGGGCGGGGGAGGGGGAGGGGGCGCGGGCGCAGCUGGCACCUGGUGGGGGUGGAGAUCGUCCCCUCGUAUGGGUCUGAUGGGGAGGAGAUGGGCGCAGAGGGGGAGGAGAGGGCGGGGGGCGCAGGGGGGGGCGCAGGGGGAGGGGGAGCAUCGAUGGGCACACGGCCAGUGGUGGCAUGGGCGGAGGUGUGGCCGGGGAAGCUGGAGGAGCUGGUUGAUAGGAAGGACCAUGCAGGGGUGGCUGCCGCCCAGGUCAUGACGGCCGCUGUGGUGGCCCGGGCGGCGUCGGCGGCGGUGCGGGCGGCAGCAGUGGCGGUGGCGGUGUUUAAGGAGAGGGCGGUGGCAGCUGCAUGGGCGGAGAAGCAGGGGGGAGCGGGGGUAAACGGGUCGCAUGGGGGGUAUGGGGGGCAUGGGGGGUAUGGCGUGCAUGGGGGGAAUGGGGGAUAUGGAGGGUAUGGAGCAGUGUGGCGCGGGGCAGGGGGAGGGGCAGGGGAAGGGGGCGGGGAAGGGGGAGGGGCCGGGGGAGGGGCAGCAGGGGCGGGGGGCGUGGCAGGAGCUACUACUAUGGCGCAGGAAGAGGAGGAGGUGGUGGUGGUGGAGGAUGAGGAGGAAGGGGAGGAAGAGGAGGAGGAGGAGAGGAGGGUGUGGGGGUUGAAGCUGCCGCACAGGUUCCACGUGGGCACGGCCGUGGAGGUGGCGUCCAACGAGGAGGGGCUGCGGGGCAGCUGGUUCACGGGCACCGUGCUGCAGCUCGAUGCACGGCGGGCGCUCGUCCGAUACGACCAGCUGCUGGACGACGCUGGUGAGAUCUUAUCUCAGCACCUUGCUUGGGACGAGCGAGGUGAUGCUGCUGUGGUGUGCUGUGGCACGUAUCAUCUGGAGGAGUGGGUCUCUACUGCACCCCCUCCCCCCGCUCCCUCUUCUUCCGCCUCCCCCCAUCCUCCCCACCUCGUCUCCGGUGUUCCCCCUCCCCCUCCCGCGCACCUCCCCCCGGGGGGAGAGCCCCAGCGCUGCCUGCGCCCUGCCAGGCCCCCCUAUGCGGGGGCGGGGGCGGUGGGGCGCAGUGGGAGGGGCAGGGGGGGCGGGGGGAAGAGGCGCAGGGGAGGGGGAGGCGGAGGGGUGGGAUGGAGUGUGGGCGACCAUGUGGAUGCGUGGGUGGAUGAUGGUUACCCCUGCUGCACUUCUCGUCCCUCUUGCUGUCACGUGCCGUUCCUCCCGCCUCCCCUCCUUGCCGCUACCUCUCGCACCGACAGAGUUGUAGCGUUCACCCUUCUCUGCAUGCUCUCUUCCUCUGCAUGCUCUCUUCCUCUGCAUGCUCUCUUCCUCUGCAUGCUCUCUUCCUCUGCAUGCUCUCUUCCUCUGCAUGCUCUCUUCCUCUGCAUGCUCUCUUCCUCUGCAUGCUCUCUUCCUCUGCAUGCUCUCUUCCUCUCACCGCACGCUUUCCUGCCCCUCGUGGCCUCUGUAUUCCCCACCACCCUCCUUCCCUUCCCUCUAACCUCCACCUCCCCACUUCCUCACUCAACCCCUGCCCAUUCUCUCAUCCUACCUGCCACAUGCUGUGUGCGCCUGUCUCCCCCCACCGCAGGUGGUGGGAGGGGGACCCGUUUGUGGGCCCUCCCCUAUUUGCUGCUGUACCCCCUCGCUCCACACGCCCCUUCUUCCUCCUUUCCUCAUCCCCUCAUUCCCCUUGUUCGCCUCCAUUCCCCCGUUCCCCCUGUUCCCCUCGUUCGCCCCAUUCCCCCCCCCCCCCAAGGCUACGGGGAGAUGGCGCAGAAGCAGCUGACGUGGCAGCAGCUGCGGCCGUCGAUGGUGUUUGAUGUGCGGGGGAGGGAGUGGGUGAUGGUGCGCGCUCAGGCCGUGGGGGAGGGGGCGGAGGAGGAGGUGGAGGAGGAGGAGGAUGAUGACGUGGAGGAGGUGGUGCCUGCUCCCAUGGGGCAUGUCAGGAACCGUUCAGAAACUCUUUGUCGUUCCUUUUCGUCAACCGCCAUGCGACGGAGAUUGAGCAGCAUGGCUCGGAGGACCACGAUCCGAGCGUUUUUCGGCCUUGCCCUCGCGCUUACCGCGUCGGCCCUUGUGAUCGAUCCCACGGACCCGUCGUCCCUAGGGCAACUGGAGGCGAUGCAGCAGUUGAAGCUCGGCUUCGAGGGGAGCAAGCCCGCUGCGCUCGCCACGUGGACCACCAGCGACCCCUGCGACGGCACGUUUCUCCUUUUGUGUGCAUGCUCCGUGUAUAUCCGUCGCGUUCGCAUCACCACGCACUCCUGCUUCUCCCCACCCGAUCCUCACCGUGCUCGUCUCCUUGCGACACGCAGCGAUCUGUGCGAAAUGGGCAUCGCAGGCGCGCUGUCGCCGUUCAUCGGCAACCUCACGGGGCUGCUGCAGCUGCGGCUGUGCGACAACCAGAUCGCCGGACAGAUCCCUCCCGAGCUCGGCAAGUUGUACGCGGUACAGGAAGUCGAGCUACAGAAUAAUAAGUUCACGGGCGAGCUGCCUACCGAGCUAGGCGGCAUGGCGACCUGCACGCACCUUUACCUCUACGGAAACAAUCUCUCGGGCGCCAUCCCUGCCGCUCUUAAAGCCGUCACUUACCUCAAGCUGGGUCCUGGGAAUCGUUUCUGCAGCACGGUUCCCGGCUCGCUGUGCGCUGGCGCAUCGGCAGAGCCGCUCCCCGCAACUCCCACUCCGGUGGAUGACCCCGCGGAUGAGGCGGGGAGCCUGCCUCCGCUGAUCAGCGCGCCGCUCCCCGACUGCCCGCCGUGUACGGGGGAUGAUUUGCCGGGGCUCGAGGACGGGUGCACGUGCGUCAAGCCGUCGCUGCUCAAGAUUCGUUUCAAGGACCUGGACUUCGCGGCUUAUAACGCGAAUCAGGAGGACGUGCUGCUCGGCGAGCUGUCCCGCGCGCUGCAGCUGGAGCCACGUCAGCUGAUGGUGAUUGGGCGCGAGCCGGGCAGCGUGAUCCUGUACCUGGCGGUGCUGCCCGUGAACGGGUCGGCGCUGGACCCGCGGCAGGAGGCGAAGCUGGUGGACGCCGUCACGGGCCACCGCGUCAUUCUAUCCAAAGCCUUCCGAGACUACGAAGUGCUCGGAGCGCCCGGCCUCGCGUUUAAGCCAUCGCAAGAGUCGCAGAACGCCGACGACGAAUCGUCCUCCGCGUCUUCCGGCGCAUCAUCCGGCCUCAGCACCGGAGCCAUCAUCGGCAUCGUCGUCGCGUCGCUCGCGGCCGCGCUGGUUAUCGCGGCGCUUUUCUGCCAGCUGUUGACGUGGCGCCGCGACAGGAACGCCGCGCGCCGCGCUGAUGUGGAGAACUCGCGGAUGGCCAAGGUGCUGACGGGCAGCAUCGAGGCGCCGUACAGGCCGCACGGAAAGAACUCCAUCUGGGGAAGGUGGGAUUUGCCACGUGGCAGCCCCUUUCCGCCGGUGAAGCCGUCGAUCUCAGGAGGCAAUUCCUUCAACGAGCCCGCGCUCUCCUUCCGCAGCGGCAUCCCUGGCACCCCUGCCGGCGCACACGCGAAUGGCUGCGGCGACAGCGUCGCGGGCACGCCGCGCGACACGCCCGGCGUCUCGGAGCGAAGCUUCGCGUUCCAAGGCGCGAGCUCGCCCACCUCCCCCGCGAACACCGCCGGGCUGUGCGGCGGCGACAACGGCGACGACCCGCGGACGCCCGAGAUCGGAACGACGCGGACGGUGGGCGACGCGGAGGGCGGAGGCACCCCUCAGGAGGUAAUGGAGAUUAAGAAGAUCGGUCUUAAGGCGAUCCACGCGGCGACGCAGGGGUAUUCGAAGGCGAACUUGAUCGGUGACCGCGGGCACGGGCGCAUGUACAAGGCGGACUUCUCGAGCAAGGCGCGCGUGCAGAUGGCGGUGCUGCUGGAGCUGUCCGGAGAGAAGCUCGACGAGGCGGAAUUCGCGGCGGCGGUGAAGGCGCUGGGGGACCUGUGCGUGCAGUCGAACCGCCUGGUGGCGAUCAUGGCGUAUUGCGCGGAUAAGGGCCAGCGGUGGGUGGCGUAUGAGUAUCUGCCAGGUGGCAGCCUCAAGGACCACCUGCACGGGGACCUGCGCUUCGAGCGCGCGCUGACGUGGCAGAAGCGCGUGCAGAUCGCGGUCGACGUGGCUGCGGCGCUGGAGUUCCUGCAUGAACAGUGCGAGCCGCUGAUGAUUCACCGCGACGUGUCGGCCGACAACGUGGUGCUGGACGGCGAGUUGCGCGCGAAGAUUAAGGACGUCGGCAUCCACACGCUCGUGCGCGAUUGGUCCGAGGGCCGCGCCGUGUCGCCAUCCGUGCUGGGGUCCAUGGGGUACCAGGCGCCCGAGUUCCGCGUGAGCGGCGAGCAGACGGCGCGGUCCGACGUGUUCAGCUUCGGCGUGGUGCUGCUCGAGCUGCUGACCGGCCGCAAGCCCGUUGACUCGUCGCGACCCAAGGGGCAGCAGUCGCUGCUGACGUGGGUUCUGCCGCACCUGGAGAACAGGCUCGCCGUGACGAGCCUGGUGGACCCGUACCUGCGGCUCAACUCGACGCUCGACCCCAAGUCGCUGCACCUCUUCGCGCUGGUGGCGGCGCACUGCCUGCAGCACGAGCCCGAGGACCGGCCGCGCAUGGCGGAGGUGCACAGCCAGCUGCAGCACCUGCUGCUCUCCCUCUCCCCCGACGGCCUCCCCUCCCCCAUCUCUCCCGCCGCCGCCUCCGCCUCCCCCCUCUCCCCCGCCUCCCCCGCUUCCCCCAUGUCCCCCAUCCCCAACCUCACCGCCGCGUCCCCUUGCACCCACGCUCCGAGCCCCGACGCGGAGAAUGAGAGCUGCUCAGUGGCGGAUUCAGGCACCACGAGUGGCACACACGUGUCGCACUCAGCACGGCACUACGACCAGAAGCGCUGGGUGCAGGUUACCCCGGGCCCCAACACUGCCGUCAAGACCCACGCUAGUGCCGUGACUCCCGCUGCUGCUGCUGCUGCUGCUGCUGGUGGUGUGGCGAAUGUGCGCUCGCCCCUUGCACCGGUGAUCAACCUGUGA